UGCAGUUAUCGAUAACAUUGUUCCCGUGGAGAAUGGCAAGAAUUUUUCGGAAAAAAGAUACGCACGGAUUAGGGCACCGGGGCUUAAGUGUUAAUUAGAUAAUUUAUAGGAAACUGCCGAGCCACAGAUAACCGCGCCUGCAUUGAAUGACUUCCGGUCUGUUGGAAAAACAAAAAAUUCCCCAUAUCCGGACUGAUGGACUCGCGUAAUCGAGGCUUUUCGUCGGGUGGUGGAAGUGACUGUGGGGGAAGGGGCAACUACCAGAGGUCCCGGUCGCGCUACAGCAGAUCCCGGUCCCGCUCACGAGAAAGGAAUCGCGGGUAUGCCGGAUCCAGGCACCGAAAUUCCCGGUCACGAAGUCGGGAUCGGUCACCGAACUACCGGCACGACCAACGAGGUGGUAGAGCUGGAGGUGGCGGGGACCCUGAUCUGUAUCAGAACCUGAUCCACGAUGAUUAUCGGGAUGACCAGCGCACCUUCAACUCCCGAAACAACUUCGAACAUCGGCCAUUCCGCCGCGAGGAGAACUUUGAGCAUCGGAAUAGGGACAGGGAUAGAGGUCAGAACAAUUUUGAGAACGAGCAUCGCUGGCGGGAUGCAGAUUCCCGCGAGAGGAGCCCCAUGGAGAGGUUUCCAGAAAGAGAGCAAAGCCGUCCCUGGAACAGAAACUACGAGCAUGAUGAUAGAGGCAGGAGCAACGAAAGGAACAUGCGUUCCCGAGAUAAUCGGUCACACAACGGUGGUGGAAAUAAUGGGCGGAUGGGCAGCCGAGAUCGGGAACGGGACAGGGACCGGGAACGGGAUCGCGAAUGGGACAGAGAGCGCGACCGGAGAGGUUCGUCGGAAGAGGACAGUGAUGAGGGUCAGAUGCGGCGGAAUCAAAGUAGACAUGUGACCGAAGCGCUCAACAUAAUAAUUAUCUUUGGACUCUCGAAGCAAAUAACAAAGGCAGAUAUCAUGAGUGAACUGAUUAAGGUGAACAUGGAGCCAGCAUGCAUUCGGAUCAUCCGGAAACAUGGCGCAGAUUCAUCACGCGGUAUAGCGUUUGUCGAGUUUAACACCGUUGAGGAGGCAAAGCAAUGGAUGGAUAUAACUCAGGGCGUUAUUUCUCUGGGAGAUCAAAGACUCACCAUGCAGUACAGUCAUAAACGCAUUCAGGAUUGGAACUGCAACAAGUGUGGUGUUUGUAACUUCAAGUUUCGAUUCUAUUGUUUUGUGUGUAAAACAUCUCGAGAGGAGGGAGAGGCUGUAUUUUCUGGUGGCAGCGAGGGCAUAGACGAAGUCAGCAGCAUCCUUACCAAAAGAAUCAUGCUGCGCAACCUGGACGCUUUGGCGAAUGAGGAGAGCGUGCUGACUGCCCUCCAGCAGCAUAUUCCGGACCUGGCCAAGACUGUCAGCAAGGUGCUGAUUAGUCGGGACACUCUUACUCAGGCAUCGAGAGGCAUUUGCUACCUCAAUUUCGACACGCUGGUCGACUCAAUGAACACAUACAAUGCACUGACUGCGCUGCAGCCGCCACUGAUAUUGGAUGACAGAAAUGUUGCCAUUACAUAUUGCAUUGAUUCGGAGGAUCGUCAAAAGUUGCCGCAGGACUCGAAUGCGACUUCGGCAGGUGACAGAGACAAUCCAAGUGGAGCACCCGAACCAAUGUCACCUUCCGGAAUCAGUGAGAACUACACCUUAGCCGACGUGCCGCGCUUGGCUGAGUACAGUGCCUCGCUGUAUGCCUCGAAUCCUGCUGAACACGCCCAUUAUGUUCAGUACUAUACAGAUUACUACACGUCCGAGAUAAAAAAGAAGAAGGGAGACACUCAGGUGACAGAAGCUAACUCCGGAGCUGCCGUGGCUCUAUCGGCUAUCCAACGCAAGCAGAAGAAGAUGAGCAACAUCGAGACCACGAUUACAGCAGCGGCAGCAGCUGCCGCCCAAGCAGCUGCUGAGGUGAAGGCUGCCUUUGCCGCCAAGAACGUAACUGCUCCAAGAGGCAACGAUGGAAAGGUCUACCCCGCUCCUGAUGUGUCCAAGUAUCAAUAUGAUGAGACUUCUGGCUACUAUUAUGACCCGUCCACGGGGCUAUACUACGACGCUCACUCGCAGUAUUACUACAACAACGAAACGGGAGCCUACCUCUACUGGGAUCAGCGAAGGAGCACGUAUGUCCUGGCCACACCAGCCUCCACGCAGGCAGCUCUGCAAGAAGUCAUAUCUGAGGCGGAACAGAAGGAGGAAGAAGCCAGAAAGGCCAAGGAAAAGGAGAAGGAGAAAGAGGGUGGCAAGCCCGACAAGGUCAAGGUGGCCAAGAAGAUAGUGAAGGACAUGGAGAAGUGGGCCAAGCAGCUCAACCAAAAGAAAGACUACACGGCUGUGGCCACUCCGCAGCCCAUACUGGCAGGAAAUGAAGGUCCCAGCACAUCACGUCCUGCCCAAGGGGCCUAUGCCGAUGUGGGCUUUUCAAUCCUUGAGAAAAAAGAGCGAGCCAAGCUUACGGACUACAUAGCGCCCUCAACAGCUCCUCCCGGAAUGAAUAAGCUGGUCAAUGCUUACGGUGGAGCAUCGGACUCAGAAGAGGAAAGUGCUCCAAACUUCCAGAACAACUCAACUUCAGCCGUAGCUGGUGGCGGUGGCUCUAGCGAAUUGGACUACGUGGACUUUCAGAAGCUUACUUGUUUGCUCUGCAAGAGGGCCUUCCAAUCACUGGACAUACUGCAGAAGCACUUGAAGAUGUCCAACCUACACAAAGAGAAUCUAGCCAAGCUCACCCAAAACUCCGGAGCUGCUUCUAGCGGGGAUGGAGGACUAUCCUAUCGAGAUCGGGCCAAGGAGCGGAGGCUAAAGUAUGGGGAAAGCGAUCCCCCUCCCCCGAAUCGUAGCAGGGAACGCUUCGAGCAGGAGAUCAAGACCUUGCAGUCCAGGCAAAAGGACGGCUCUGCGGCGCCAGCCAUGCCCAUUAGCUCCAGUAACGUGGGCAGCCGACUGCUCCAGAAGAUGGGCUGGUCAGAGGGACAGGGGUUGGGCAGGAAAAACCAAGGCCGCACCCAAAUCAUAGAGGCUGAUGGCCGUACAAACAAUGUUGGCCUGGGCAACCAGUCAGGAAAGAUGGCGCCUGGUAAUGACUACAAAUCCUACAUCAAGAAGAUGAUGAAGCAACGUUAUGAAAACGCCUAGGGCCACUAGGCGGUUCUCCAUUUAUACAUUUUAAGAUAAUAAUGUAAUAGGUUAUAGUUUGAGUUAUGAUUAGUAAAAUUCAUACUCUCAUUAUUUUGUAAAAAUUAUAAA